GCACGCUGGUAGCCCUGCUCCUGCUUCCCGCGAGCCGCUGCCCCGGGGGCGGGUCCGGCGCGGGGCGGACCCGCGUUCUGCCGCCUUGCCGCGGGCUGGAAGCGGCUCAGCCCCGCCCCGAGGGGGAGGCACCGGGGGUUUCCCUUUGCUUGCAGUGCCGUCGGGUAUUGCAAGGGAGGGCCCCGCUGCAGGGCCCGAGGCACUGGAGGCGCGGAGCCAGGGGCCCAGCCGGGCCGGCGGAGCAUGAAGUGGGCACUGAGCCUGCUCGCCUUUGAAUGCUGCACGCAGCGUCUUCCGAUCUGGACGACUCAGGGCAGAGAUCUGCGCACCUCGUGGUGAUCGAUUUCACUUCCAGCUCCGCAGGCUGUUUCUUCCCGCACCAUGUUCGGCUCCUCCAGGGGAGGAGUGAGGGGCGGGCAGGACCAGUUCAACUGGGAGGAUGUGAAGACGGAUAAACAGAGGGAAAAUUACCUGGGCAACUCACUGAUGGCUCCAGUGGGCAGGUGGCAGAAGGGCAAAGACCUCACCUGGUAUGCAAAGGGGAAGCAAGGCGACGUGCAGAUCUCCCGAGAAGCCGAGCUGGCUGCAGUCCGGCUGGCCGAGCAGGAGGCCAUGAUGGCGGCUCUGGGCUACAAGAAUGUGAAGAAACAGCCCACGGGCCUGAGCAAAGAGGAUCUCGCUGAGGUCUGUAAGCGUGACGGAGCAGAGCGCGAUGAGAAGGAUACAGACCGUGUCUUGGGGCUGGGGAGUUCCAGUGGUGGUGCUGGCAGAAUGAUGCUCUCCAAAGAGGACAAAGAGGCUGCCAAACUGGGGCUUUCUGUUUUUACUCAUCAGAGAGCGGCAAACAGUCCGGAGGCCUCAGGGGCGAAGAGAAAGGUGGGCAAGGAAGAAAAGGCAGAAGAGGCAUGGCCCGAGAGCAGCAAGAAAUCCAAAAAGGAGAAGAAGAAGAAAAAGAAGAAAAAACACAAGAAAGAGAAGGAAAAGGAGAAACAUCACAAGAAAGAAGCAGCCACCACCACCUCCUCCCCCUCUCCAGAUCAUGGGGAAAGGAGGAGGAGGGAAGCCCCACCCUCCAAGGACCAUUCAUCAUCCUCCCGGCGGCUUGCAGAUGGCUGGCGUGACAGCCAUUCAUCACCGGGCCCAGAGGCACAGAAGCAGCCCGGCAGGCGGCGGCACGACAUGGACUCCUCCAGCAGCGAGGGCAUGGGAGGGAGCCCCCCUCGCCGACAUCUCCCAGCCCACAGGAAUGACAGGAGUGGCAGCAGGGACCGCCACAGCCGGCACUCCCCCUCCAGGGGCAAGGGGAACGGCAGAGAGUCCCCCCCAGACCGCCGCGCCAAGCGGCGCCACGACACUGACUCAGAUGACUGAGCUGCAGGGAGAUCCUCAGCUGGUACAAAUCAGAGCAGCUGUGAAGUCACUGGAUUGAGAGUGCAUUGAACUGUACCAGUUCACACCAGCUGAGGAUCUGGCCCAGAGGUUGGUGGGUUUUUUUUUUUUAUGCCCUUAUCUAUGCUACUGAUGCCCUAGCAUAGAUGCCUAGUGUAGACACAUUUAUACCAGUAUAUGCACUUUCUUAUGCCAGUAUAAUUGCAGUUACACCGGUAAAGCUUUUUAGAGGAGUCUAGCCCUUAGCUUGGCCAAGGCUGCUCCACUGGCCUAUUUCUCUGAUUCUGCUGAGCUUGCCCUGCCCCGCUGUGUCUUGUGCCCACAAAGGGUUUAAAGCCAGGUGCACAGAUCCCUCCUGUAUGUCUGCAGGGGGAUAACUGUAUGCCGGGGAAGCGAACCUCUUGCAGAAUUGAGGCCUUUGUUUGGAAAUGUUUAUCAGGUCGCUGUCAAGUACUUGUGUGCCCAGAGUUAGAUAUUUUAGAAAACCAACGUCAACUACAGAACCUCCUGUUGAACCAGAAUUUUACUGAAAAGCUUGGGGAGAGAAUGUAAUAGAAGAGAGAUCUUGUUUGGGUUUUGACUAUUGCCUGAGGUGAAUGUCUUCAACCCGCUGUGUUAGUGCAUGAGAACCAGCAAGGUUAAAGCAGCCUGGAACAUGAUGUCCAACAAAAACGGACAAUGGAUCUAGUCCGUUUCAAGCAGAGGGUGACGUAGCAAGUAAACAGAGUGUCCCUGAAAACCAGGCAGCUGGAGAUGAACAGUUUCUGCUUUAAUAGCCUAAAAGACGUUGCUAUCCGUGUGUGUUUUUACUGUGCUGAAGGGUUUUGUUGGUUUUUUAAAUUUUUUUUUAAUCUGACACUUUUUUCUUUUAAAUUUCCCCUGUUUUUUUUAAAUGUACUUACACAGGAAGUUUUGUAAACUCCCCCCCCCCCCCC